UUAUUUAGUUAUUUAUUCUCAAUUUGUAAAGCUCUGUUGUGAUUUUAGAUUAAAAAUAUUAAUGCGAUUGCUUCAUAAUCAAAAGACGUUGAUACUUACACCAUUUGGAGAUGACUUUACAGAUUUGCAGUUAUCAGGGCUGCUAUGUUCAGCGUUAUCCAUGUAGUUCAAUAACAUUCUUCCAGUUGCCUAAUGACGAGCCUCGCCGCUCACAGUGGAUACUUAAUAGUGGAAAUAAGCAACUAUUGAAACUUAAAACUCAUCAAAAACGUUACUUUUGUGAAACCCACUUUCGGAAGAAAGACAUAAAGCCGCAUUUUUAUAGAAAACUACUCUAUAAAAAUGCAGUUCCUAUUCCAUAUAUGAGUGACAAUGUUCCCACAACAACCACAAGUAUAAGUGACAAAAAUUAUACGGAGUUUGAUGAAAUAGAAGAGAUGAAUGAGGCAGUACAACUUCCCGAUUGCCAUGAAACAAAUGAAAAAAGUGGGGAGGAUUGUGAGGAUGACACAAAACAAUACUUAACAUUAUCGCCAAGCGAUUAUUGUUUUAAGUACUCCAAUGAUGACGAUGAAUAUGUGGAGGAAAAUAAUAUAGCAAACGAUUCCCUGGAUGUCCAAAAAAUUACUUCUGAUCCUAGCUCAAAAGAUAUAACUGAAAUUGCCACCACUGCUCAAACUGAAACAAUCUCCAUUGAUGUGAUUUGUCUUACCACCCCGCCCGUAACUGAAACAAUAUCAUCAUCCAUCACCUCGCCAGCGUCGCUCACUACUGCAGAUGCCGUUUGCAAAUCCUUGUCAUCUGUUACCACUACUACAUCGGAUACGCUAGGCGAUGCUGAUACAAGCGCAGCACCAGAAUUGCAUAACCAUAAUGCAAUUAAUAGCGAACUAAGUGAUUCAGUUCAAUCCGAGAAAUCUUAUGAAUCUGACAAACAUUUUGCCCUGUCACUUGUUUACCAUUUUCAACGUUUAAAUGCGAAAAAGAAAGCGCAAGCCAAAAUUGAUAUACUCACCUACUUAGUGGCGCUCGAACAAGACAACGAUGCGUAAUUAGUGUUGGGAUUAUAGUCCAGGAUUACAUAUAAUAUAAGAUAGUUCAGGUACGAUACAUUCAUUUUAGUAGUUUUAUUUACUGAUAGUUUUCCAGCGGAAAGAUUAAUAGAUUUUGGAAAAUCGCAAUUUAUGCAUGAAUCUGUUGCACAAAUUAAGUUUGGUAAAGCUGGCAUAUUAAUUGGUUUGCUUAUGUAAAAGUUAUAUCGUACCUUAAUCAGUAAUCAGUAACUUAAUUUCCGAGAAUUCGCUUGCAAAGAGAAAACUAUCCAAAAAAGUACGUGAAUGUAAAACCAGUAAUAAUUUGCAAGUUUUACGAACAGCUGAUUAAAUUAAUCAGAAAAUAAAACUAUUUUUAAUUGAGCCACCUCGUAUUAAAUUAAAGAAAA